AAGAACACAUGCCCAUCGGCUACGAAUCGACCGUUAUUAGUUUUUGCUAGGUUCCGUUAUAAUGCCGAAUUCUACAGGAACCGUUUUGUCAAGUGGUCAAUACACAGGCGAAUCAACCACCUUGAUGAAACUGAACCGAUUGCAACGAUAGCAUUAUAUAAUCUAUCACCAUCACGUUUGUUUCAGGCUUUAUCAUAUCUUUUGCGUGUUUCAUUAAGUGCGUGUUAAAUUAAGAGGUUCUCUAAACCGCAGCUUGACCACGUAAUUUGUUAUAUGGGGCCAUAUAGCUGGUGCCGAUUUUAACGCAUGGACUCCGUCUGGUUCUGGUUAUGGAGGCCUCUUAAAUAGGAAUGGGAUAGCCAGCCAACGUCUUCUAUUUGUAAACGACUUGAAUCUCAUUGCCUUUAAAACGCCGGUAUAAAGGAUAAGACCAGACCUCACGUUCACCGGGAUUACGGAUUUUCAGUAAUUACUUGAGCUGUAUUUAUCCUUAGGUUUUUGCGGCUGUCUGCUGACACAUGCUUCACCUGCCUUUGUGCUGCAGGCCCCAUCAGGCUCCCUCUCGCGAUAAAAUAUCCAUCUUGUGACCAAACAAACAUUUUACUUGUGUGUAGGAGAACAUCAGAUAAUUAGGACCUGAGCUACAAAGAUGGAUAUUGUGACACACCUCAUCAAUGACACUAUUGAAUUCUACAAAUGGAGCCUUACUAUUGCAGACAAACGUGUGGAGAAAUGGCCACUGAUGGACUCCCCUCUCCCAACGCUGGCCAUCAGCUCCUCCUAUCUACUCUUUCUCUGGCUUGGGCCAAAGUUCAUGAGGAACAGGGAGCCCUUCCAGCUCAGGAAGACCCUUAUUGUCUACAACUUCAGCAUGGUCAUUCUUAACUUUUUCAUUUUCAAAGAGCUCUUCUUGGCAGCACGGGCAGCAAACUACAGCUACCUCUGUCAGCCAGUGGACUACUCAGAUGACCCAAAUGAAGUGAGGGUGGCAGCAGCCCUAUGGUGGUACUUUGUCUCAAAGGGAGUAGAGUACCUGGACACAGUGUUUUUCAUCCUUCGUAAGAAGUUCAAUCAUGUCAGCUUUUUGCAUGUUUAUCACCACUGCACCAUGUUCACUCUCUGGUGGAUUGGCAUCAAGUGGGUAGCAGGUGGCCAGUCAUUCUUCGGUGCUCAUAUGAAUGCAGCUAUCCAUGUCCUUAUGUAUCUCUAUUACGGGCUGGCUGCUUGUGGGCCAAAGAUCCAGAAAUACCUGUGGUGGAAGAAAUAUCUGACAAUUAUCCAAAUGAUCCAGUUCCAUGUUACCAUUGGCCACACUGCUCUGUCCCUCUAUACUGAUUGCCCCUUCCCUAAAUGGAUGCACUGGUGUCUGAUUGGCUAUGCACUGACCUUCAUUGUCCUCUUUGGAAACUUCUACUACCAGACGUACCGUCGUCAACCUCGUCGUGAAGCUCCAUCCAAGUCAGGCAAGGCACUGUCUAAUGGGGCUGCUAAUGGAAUUCUGAUGGCUAGUAAUGGAGUGACUGGCAAGGUGGUUGAGAAGCCUCUGGUGGCAGAAAAUGGCAGGAGGAAGAGGAAGGCCAGGGCCAAGCGUGACUAGAGCAGAGGGGGCACGAGAGGUAGAAACAGGCAGGCUUCCAUACACAUGCUGCUAGGACCAUAAACCUUGAGAAGGAAUGGAACAGAGGUUGAAAACUAGUAACUGCUAAGGGAUGCUUGGCAUGGGGACCUGCCUGUUUGGAGGAAGCUGUGAGGUUUACAGCACUAUGUAGGAGGUGUUUGCCAGUAUCAGACCAGGUGGAUCUGAUUAGAAAUAUUUGAUGAGAACAAAUUAUGUUCCCUCCUCCUACAGUGUUAUGCUGAUGCAUAAGCAGUACUGUAAGGAGAAUGGAGUACCCCUAACCCCUGAGCAACAGGGCUUCAAUUCUCUAUUAAAGCAUGAUAUAAUUUUGGUAACUUUUCUUGUCAUUUUCAUUAUCUGCCGCUGUGUGUCUGCCUUAUGUCUUUUGUCAUAUUAAUCCUCAUAUCUUAGAUUUUCAGACCGGUCUCUCAGUAUGAUGUAAGAAACAUUGACAUGCCCCUAUACACAUGCUUCAGUAGCAACAAUCUCUGCUUUUUAUUAUGUAACAUUUUCAAUGACUUGCUGAUUAUUUAUCGAACUCCUUCAAAGAAAUGUUUGUGACCCUACAAUAUAUGGGGAGUUUUUCGUAAUGCCGGCCCUGGAGUACCCUGUGCACUGUAGGGUUCUGUGCAAUUGGGAAAUUUUGCUGUACAAAAAAAUGGUAAAACGAGCAUUAUCAAAUGGAAUAUUUAAAUCAGAAAAUUUACAAUUAAGUAUUAAAUUGUGGUGUUUUAUAUCUAGAAGUUACAUAUUCAGCAAAUGUGAUUUUCCAUAUUAUUUAUUUAAUUUAUUUACUUAUUUAUUUACUUACUUGUAGACUUUUUGCAUAAUUACAUUAUUGUCUUAGUUUUAUUUAACAAGAACUAUGUGACACUUGGCUCCUGUAAAAUUACAUUUUUCCAAGAAGCUAUAUGGGAAAUGUUUUCACAUUAAAUGAUCAGACCAUGUGCAUACAUAUUUUAGAGAAGUGCUACUGUUGUCAUAUUUAGGUGGGCUAACUGAAGUUGGGGUGAAAAAUAUCUACAGAAGCACUCUGAAGCCUGCAUUCAUCUGAAAUAUCCCAUUGUAUGUCAGUGAGGUCUUUAAACUGCUGUUUGUCAUAAUUUUUCCAUUUUAAAUAUAAAAAAAUGCAGUGCACUUGUGUUAUUGUUCUCAAAUAAUUGUUUUUCAUGUUGUAUAUGCUGUGCUAUUUUGUACAUUGUGCUUUUAAAAAUAAAAUGGGUAUCAUGAAAUAUUUCUCAAUCCAAAA